ACGUUGUGACAUCUGGCGCUCGCAUCACAUUGCUAUGAUCGCGGCCGGUGAUUCUGCGCGCACGUUCACGGACGAUUAUUUUGACAAGCACUUUGUGUACGAUUCAAAGUGAUUCGAAGCAUCUGUCAAUGAGAAGGAAGCGGGAUUCAUGGAUUCCGACUAAUAACGGUUUGUCACAAUCGUAUACGAGAUCCUGUCAGUUCACCUGGACGGUGAGAAACACUCUCGUUUCAACCGUACAAUUCUCAUCCUGAAAUAUGGCAUUGACGAAUAUCCUGCUGCUCAGUCAAAUAGCGGGUUACGUCGUGGCUCUUAUCCUGUCACUCUGCAUCAUCGUACCUAUGAGCCUGCACCAGGAUGAGUUUAGAGGACAUUGUCUCCUGUUUUCGACCGGAGUCUGGCAGGAGUCGGAUGGCCAGUUCGUGGUGAACUGGGCAUCGCAAGCAUACUGUAAUUAUACGAUAUUCGUAGGCCUGAUGCUCCUCAUAGCAUCGGCGGUACAGAUCUAUCGGUUGUCCCUGCUCAUGUACCGCAGCGAGGAUAGCUCGUUUCUCUCUGCGUUUGUGGACGUCGUCAUGUCCAUCAUCCUCACUACCAUCACCCUGAUCGCGGCGAUUAUCGUUACUUUAGGCUUUAUGACUUGGUGCCAAUGUAUGACCAAGAGAUUCCCAUCGUGCGAACUAGCCGCUGGAAAUGAUAUUGAUAAGGCUGACGAUAUCGAUACAUCUGGCUUUCAUAUCGAACUCGGCGCUGCACAGUUUGGCAUCUGGAGCAGUCUAUCGAUUUGGGUCGGUUUGUCAGUUUUCGCUGUCUUAAAACUGUUACGAUACCAUCAGUUGGAGAACAUGAAGGUAUCUAUGUAUAGAGAGAGGCAAAAAUUAAUAGAAGCUACUACAAGCGGCAUUCAGCAGCAGGAACCGAGUUAAAAUUCGGUAGGCUAAGUUUUCGUUUCUCAGGGGUGACAUGUUUAAGAAUAUAUGUUUGUUAAUUCACAAGGGCAAAUAAGACUAUAUCUCUAACAACAUAUAUUUAUGUAAACAGUUACAGUAUAUGAAUUUUUUGAUAAUUUUUAAACGCCCAGAAUUAAUGUAAGUGAAAUGAUAUGUUAAUAUAACGAAUAUCAUUCUGUUACAAACUGAUGCAGAGUUGAUUAGUUUCACAAAAAGGAACAGUUAAAAUUUUUUUUUAUUGAAAGGUCAAUGUAUAUAUAUACAGCAAAAUAUUUUUAAAGUAUUACACACGUUUAGCAGAGAUUAUAACCUCGUUUACAAUUGAGAAGAAAAAUUCUUUAAUAAAAUAAUAAAAGUUAAAAAAAAA